UUCUGUCUCCCACGUCUCCCAGUAGAAGGGCGUGUCUGUAGUGGUGACGUAGCGGGAAGAGGGCGGGCUCUGGUGACGUAGUAGGCGGUUGUUGACGUGGCCCUCAGUGUACAGCGCCGGUUGUUCGGUGUUAGCGGCGGAAUCAUGAGCGAGCCUCACAAGCCGGACAUCUCCGCCAUCUUCAAGCGGCUCCGCUCCGUGCCCACCAACAAGGUUUGCUUUGACUGUGGGGCCAAGAACCCGAGUUGGGCCAGUAUUACAUAUGGCGUCUUCUUAUGCAUCGACUGCUCAGGGACUCACCGAUCUCUCGGAGUUCAUCUCAGUUUCAUCAGAUCAACUGAACUGGAUUCAAACUGGUCGUGGUUCCAGCUGCGGUGCAUGCAGGUCGGAGGAAAUACUAACGCGCUGGUCUUCUUCCGGCAGCACGGCUGCACCACCAACGAUUCCAACGCCAAGUACAACAGCCGAGCCGCCAGUCUGUACAGGGAGAAGAUAAAGGCCCUCGCGACCCAGGCGACAAGGAGGCACGGCACCCACCUCUGGAUCGAUGGCUGCGCGGCGCCCCCUCUGUCCCCCAAGGAGAAGGAAGAAGAAGACUUCUUCUCGUCUCAUGUGGAGCAGAUCAGAAAUACGGAAUGGGAGGAGCCGCAGGUAUCGGAUGAUCUGAUAAACCUGAGCGCACCGCAGCCCGUCCCUGACAGCAAAGAAGUUUCAGGUGAACCAGAAGUCGGGCCGAGCGUGGAUUGCCUCAGCAUGUCCCCCAAGGCGGCACCAGACGAUUCAAUGAAUUUAAUGUCUGCAGGAAGCGCUGCAGCAGCUGCCAAAGAAGGCGGGUCACUCUUCAAGAAGAAGCCCGGACCGGCCAAAAAAGGGCUCGGGGCCAAAAAGGCUGGACUGGGGGCCCAGAAGGUGAGCAGCAAGAGCUUCAGCGAGAUCGAGAAGCAAGCGCAGAACAUCGACAAGAUCAAGGAGCAGGAGCUGAGCAAUGUCAGUAAGAAGACCGAGGAGCCCAUAGUUUCCUCUCUCCGUCUCGCUUACAAAGAAAUGGAAAUUCAGAAGCAGAAGGACGACGAGAAGAUGAAGAAUCUCCCGGCAAAGAAAAAGGCGGAAGCCGAGCGCCUCGGGAUGGGAUUCGGAAAUCGGAGCGGGAUCUCACAUUCCGUCCUCGCAGAAAUGCAAACUAUCGAGCAGGAAGCCCCGAGGACGUCCAAACCCAAGAAGACCUAUCAUGACGACGGCCCGGACGACUUCUUCAGCAGCACCCGAUCCCG